AUGAGAAGCUCUAUCAGAUACAAUGAGUCCGUUGACACCCGCCAGCCGACAGUCGUCAUUGUCGAUAUCACUCAAGAAGUCUCGUCACCUGAAGAUGCAUCGCAAUUGACCCCCUGGCCUGUUUUUGAGCCGUAUUCUACAUCGAUCAGAAAAGAAUUUACGCUCUCGGAUGUCAAUCCACAGCUUCCAUCCUCUUCGCUUGAUUAUUUCCAGAGCUUGACAGAGGUGGGCGCCCCAGUAGAAGACACUUCUGCCAUGGCUUCACUGGAAGUUAAAAUCACGAGUACGCCUCAUGAGGCAAGCAGUGACUCUCGCGAUGAUGUUGCUAAUAUUUCGAGCCAUGUCGCUGAAACGAUGAGCUUUGCAUCGUGGCCAUUGGUUACUUUUAGCCAGGGCACCUCCUUCCCAGUCGAAACGGUUCAUGCCAAUGAAGAAGCCGCAGAGACCUUAUCAACCCCAACAUCUCGCGAUACUCCCAGGCUUUCUCCGUUCUCCCUGGCUGACUCGGAGACCAAAAGCAGCGGAGUUUCCACCCACCACGAGGAGCCCAUGGGGGCCAGGAACAGUGUGGGUGUCAAUAACUCCACCACUCAACCUUUGCCAUCGCCAUCAUACACAAGCGUCUCUCAUGAGACUGGAAGUGACCGGGACUUGGGCCCCGAGUUCAUCAACCACUGCAAGAACUCCGGCCCCUGGAACGCAUGGCGCCAUCAUGGAUGGCACCGAGUUUUCAAGAAGGAUUUCCCAACGAGAAAAAAUUCGCUUGAUAGCCAAACUCCUCAGCCAGAUGAGUUGCCCAUCUGUAUCCUAGUUGUCCUCUUCUUGCUCCUGUACAACAAGCCCGAGUCGCCUUUCAACACACCUGGAGAUGAUACAGAGCACUCACUUCUGCCCGGCCAAAUGAAAACCAGCAUUUCCGCCCCUCACCACUUUCGCUCAUCGAAUCACCAGAUGGCACGGCAGGAUCUGCGGUGGAAACUGCUUGCCCGACAACAAGUCGCCCACUGGCAGAGAGACGCGGAAGACAAGGGCUUGAUCUCACCAAAUGAGAAACCAGCAGACAUGGCCCCUAUCUGGACGAGACUGCAAGGUUUGAAGAAGAAAAAUGGGCCAAGAUUGAAACGAGCGUGCCAGUUCCUUCACCGUGGCUCCCGUCAGCUUUCCCGUAUGCUUCUGAGCGCGGAUCCGCUCUUGCAGAAGCCGGGGACAGUCCCAAACACCAAGCCACAGAUCGCAUGCAAGAUGCGAGCAAUCUCGACGGAGCAAAAGAAUUCUUGGGCGCAAAAAGAUUCUUUGGGACUUUUUGCGCUUAGAUGGCUUGCUGUGAAACUUUCCGAAAAGUCUACCGAGACAGCAACAGUAGACUUUUGGAGAGUGGCGACUCUGAUAGCACAACACUGUGCUGCUUGA